AUGCCGUCCACUCCCUCCCUGCAGAUAGUCCAUGAGGAGGUAGACUGCCCCAUUUGUAUUGGCAUCCCCAAGGACCCAGUGAGUGCCCCCUGUGGACAUAUCUUCUGCAGAUCCUGCCUCACCUCACCCUUACCGAUGGGAGACUAUCCCUCCAAGCUGUGUCCAAUCUGCAAGGAUAAGAGACAGCCAGAGGUCCACCAGCCCUGGGGCUGGGCCACUGAGAACCUUAAGUUCCUGGGCCCAAUAGGAGAGACUCACUGUGAUGAGCAUGGUGAGAAAAUUUACUUCUUCUGUGAGAAAGACGGGGAAUUCCUUUGCGUGCUCUGUCGGGAGGGUUCCAAUCACCAAGCUCAUGCUGUGGUACUCCUGGAUGAAGCCAUUCGACCCUACAGGGAACGACUCCGGAGUAGGUUAGAGGACCUGUGUUUAGAGAAAAAAGAAAUGGAAGAUAUGAAAUAUGGAGAAGACCAGAAGCUCCAGGUGCUCUUGACCCAGAUUGAAUCUAAGAAGCAGCACGUGGAAGAGGUAUUUAAACAGUUACAGAAAGUGCUUCAGGUGCAGCAGCACCUUCUCCUGGAUCAGCUGGGGGAGCUAGAAAAGGAGAUCAGGAAGGAGAGAACUCAUUACAUUGCCAAGAUCUCUGAAGAGAUUGCUCGGCUAGGGGCUCACAUCAAGGAAUUAGAAGGGAAGUGCCAACAACCAGCAAAUGAGCUCCUAAAGGACGUCAGAAUGACUCUAAACAGGUAUGAAAAGGGGACAUUUAUCAAUCCAGAACCUAUUUCUUCUGGCCUGGUAAGAAGAAUUCGUGAUCUCCACCAAAAAAUAUGUGUUCUCCCAGAGAUGAUGGGGAAGUUCUCAGAAAACUUGCUGCUUCAUCUGGAGACUAAUACAGGAGGCAUCACUCUGGAUCCCCAGACUGCCAACGGUAGCCUGAUCAUCUCCGAGGACAGAAAGUCAAUGAGAUACACCAGGAAGAAGCAAAACCUGCCUGAGAAUCCCCAGCGUUUUGAUGGGUUCCCUGCCGUACUGGGUUCCCAAGGAUUCACUUCAGGAAGCCAUUCCUGGGAAAUGGAGGUGGUUCUGGGCGACGGGGGUGGUUAUACUGUGGGUGUGGCCCAAGAAGACAUGGAGAGGAAAGGGGAAAUGGGUCUGAGCACUGAGGAGGGAGUCUGGGCUGUGAUUUUCUCCUAUCAGCAGUGCUGGGCCAGCACCACCCCAGGCACUGAUCUACUGCUGAGUGAAAUUCCCCAAAGGGUUCGGGUAACUCUAGACUAUAAUGGGGGGCAUGUGACCCUUUCCAAUGCUGAAACUCAGACCACAAUCUUUACAUUUCCUGCCUCUUUCUCCGGCAAAAUCUUUCCUUUCUUUGCUAUUUGGAAAAAGGGCUCCCGACUCACUCUGAAACCCUGA